GAGGCAGAACGAUUGCUCGGCGAUCUGUCCUUCCUGGUUCCUGGCGGCAUGGCGGCGGUGCUGGAAGCCGGUUCUCUGGGUCAGUUCGAGGAGCUUCUUCAGAAGAGCGACAAGUCUCUGCUUGUGGUGCAUUUCUGGGCACCAUGGGCUCCACAGUGCCUCCAGAUGAAUGAAGUUAUGGCUGAACUGGCCAAGGUCCACCCUGAGGUCACAUUCGUCAAGCUUGAAGCAGAAGCCAUUCCUGAGGUGUCGGAGAAGUACGAGAUAACCUCCGUGCCAACCUUCUUGUUUUUCAAGAGUUCUCAGAAGAUUGACAAGCUAGAUGGGGCUCAUGCACCUGAGCUGACCAAGAGAGUCCAGCGCCAUGCAUCAAACACUGCUUUUCCUGCUGCCCCCAACAGCACUCCCAAAGAGGACCUCAACGUCCGGCUUAAGAAACUAAUCAAUGUGACCCCGUGUAUGCUGUUCAUGAAAGGAUCUCCCCAGGAGCCCAAAUGUGGAUUCAGCAGACAAAUCAUCGACAUCCUUAACAAGCAUAAGAUCCAAUUUAGCAGUUUUGAUAUAUUGUCCGAUGAGGAAGUGCGGCAGGGGCUAAAGACCUUCUCCAACUGGCCCACUUAUCCCCAGUUGUAUGUCAAUGGAGAGCUAAUUGGAGGCCUGGACAUUGUCAAGGAGAUGGAGGCGUCAGGGGAGCUAGCUACUACAUGUCCCAAAGUCCAGAGCCUGGAAGACAGACUCAAAGCACUUAUUAACAAAGCUCCGGUAGUUCUCUUCAUGAAAGGCAAUAAGCAGGUGGCCAAAUGCGGAUUUAGCCGUCAGAUCCUUGAAAUCCUCAAUAACACGGGUGUGGAGUAUGACACAUUUGACAUUCUGGAGGAUGAAGAGGUUCGACAAGGAUUGAAAACAUACUCUAACUGGCCAACAUACCCACAGCUGUAUGUAAAGGGAGAACUUAUUGGAGGCUUGGACAUUUUAAAGGAGUUGAAGGAAAGCGGAGAGCUGAUUUCGACGCUGAAAGGUUGACAUUAAUAUACAGAGGUGCCAUAGACGGGACAAAACUCUAAACACGGGAUCAUUCUGAACUGCUGUGGCUCUCUGGCCUUGUAUGCUGACCUUGGUGGACUCUCCUCUCUUCCUUUCUUCUAUAAUAGGUCAUGGCCUGUACAAGAUAUAAUAUAAUUGGCACUAGAGACGACAGUGCUCCCGAGCAUUUAUGUGAAAGUUAUUCAACUUCAGAAAUCUUUUAAUUUAAUAAAAACAGUGUUACAAUG